AUGAUUGAUGAACGACCUGAUAUUUUCCUAUUACUUCAAUGGCUUGAACCACUUGUUGACUGGAAACCAUUUGGUCUUGGCUUACCAGGAAUUACUCAUUCAGAUAUUUUAAAGAUUGAAGCAGAAAAUAAAAAAAUUGAUGAACAAAAGUCAGCAUUGUACUCCAAAUGGCUGAAGAUGGCACCAACAGCAACAUGGGCUGAUGUGAUUAAUGCACUGAGCAAUAAUAAGGAAAACACACUUGUACAAGACAUUAGAAGAAAUUUACAAAAAAUUGCACCAAGGUCAGCUAGAAGUCAUUGUGAUAUCACUACCAGACGAUCAUCACAGGCAGAAGUAAUGUUUAAAACAGCAGAAGAUGAAAAGGAAAUAUUGGAUACAUUAUUUGCCCUCAAUAAAGAAUUCUCUCUUUUAAUGAUGCAUGCACGAUUAGGUCUUGGUAAGAAGACUGAGAAAGAUCCUAAGAUAUUACAUAAACUUACAAUAUGGUUGGAGACUUACAUGCAUUGGAAUGAAUUUGAGAAACUAGCAAAUAUAUCGUCAGAUGAAGCUUUUAAAAUUAUUCAUCCGUUUUAUGAUUUUAUUGAUUGUAGCCUGAUAGUAGAGAUGAGUGAAAUUUUUCUACAAGAUUUAAAAUUUGGAGAUGAUGAGUUAAGCAUUGUUAGUGAAUUAAAGAAACAUAAAGAAAAAGCUGAUAAACUUCGAUUUUCAGCUAAUGAACAAGUUGAUCUUAAUGUUCAAAGAAACAGUGGGGGGAAUGCUUUUAAGCCUUUUAUGUCGGCUUGUCAAAAUGGUCACAUUCAAAUAGUUAAACUGUUGCUAAAGGAACGAGUUGAUCUUAAUGUCCAAAACAGAAAAGGUCAUACUGCUUUGAUGGUUGCUAGUUCUAAAGGACAUUAUGAAGUAGUUAAGUUAUUAUUAGAAUGGGAAGCUGAUCCAACUAUUAAUUCUAAUGAAGGGCACACUGCAAUAUCACUUUCAAAGGACUCUGAAAUUAGCAAAUUGAUUUAUAAUUACAUGUAUAAGAAAGGCAAUGUGAAAUUAGAGGAAGAUGCUGCUAGUGUCACAGAAUAG